AGGCGUAAAUCCCGUUUCGAUAAAUCCGAUCCGCCUGCCAAACAUCUCCUUUUUAACCCUGAGCGAUGAAAUGCUUAACAGAAACUCAAGCCAGUAAAUUGUCCACUUCUGAUAUCCAAAUCCCGAGCUAUAGCCAUUCCAUGGACUCCCGGCGGUUACCACGCACGGUCGCAGACCCCAAGGUACGUCGGGUCGGAUUUUUCACCUCCGUUGACCCUCCACCGGCAAGAUCCCAGUCCGUCCCAGCUGACACUGGAACCUCCACUACCUCUGACAGUGGUAUGAUCCCCUCCCCGACUGCGCCCGACCAUACCGUCGGCGGUAUCCCCUUCUCCCCUAUGAUGAUCCCACCACAUCGUUACGCUUCCGCUGACGGACUCGGUGCCCUUGGCCGCGCUGCAGCAGCUGCGGCCCCUGUAUCCGUUCACAGUCCCCUGUCGCCCCUCCGGCGGGAUGCAGUCCAGUUGCCGAUCGGGAGCUUCAACCCGGCGGAGUACAUGCAGGGCACGUCGGAGAUGCUGUCCCCGUCGAGCAGCCGGUUUGAUGACUUGGAGUUCUCGGAGGAGUUUUCAACUGCUGCGUGGUUCGGAAAGAAGGGGUCCGACAAGGAAGUGGCGUCUUUCCCUGGGAGCAACGAGGAGACGUUGAUGUAUGCUAGGAGUGGGGGGAAUUCUCCUGUCAAGAGCUCGCUGACGACCGCUUCGGUAGUAAAAAUACUGCCGGGAGUCACUGUGAUGAAUGGGGGUACUAUAAUAGAAUCUCAAAAUGAAGUGACUGGAACUGUGAGAUCUCUGAAACAGAAGACUACUAAAGCCGAAAGACGUGCCAUUCAAGAGGCUCAACGUAUUGCAAACUCAGCAGCCAAGGAGGCUGAAAGAGGAGGCAAUCCUGCAGCUGCAUCUCAUAGUGGUGCCCAGGCUAAUGCAAAGCGAGAGAAAGGUGCCAGACCACCUCAGAAGAAAGAUGGGCCUAAAGAUACAACUACGGCUUCUGAGAAAAGGGCUGACCGCAAUCAUGAUAAAGAGAGAAAGAAGGAUGUUCCUCAGCCUGGCCUGCAGUAUGAUGAUAAAAAUCGGGUUGAAAAGGCUAGAAGACGUGCUGUAGUUAAUCAAUUUGAAGCUAGAAAUAGAGUUGAACUCUUCCGGCACUUGCCACAAUAUGAGCAUGGGUCUCAACUGCCAUAUCUUGAGUCAAAGUUUUUUCAUCUUGAUCAUAUACAUCCUUCAGUUUAUAAGGUUGGUAUGCAGUAUCUCUCAGGGUGUACCUCUGGUGGCAAUGCCCGGUGUAAGGAAAUGCUUCUUGCAUUUCGCAAGGCUAUUAUGGAUUAUUCAAUACCUCCAGAGAAAAAUGUUGUUCGAGAUUUGAUCUCAAAAAUUAAUAGCUAUGUGUCAUUUUUAAUUGAGUGCAGGCCUCUUUCAGUAAACAUGGGAAAUGCUAUCAGGUUUUUGAAGAAUAGAAUUUUAAAGUUACAUCAUAACCUGUCAGAAUCUGAUGCAAAGUCUAUUCUUAUAUCAGAUAUUGACCGUUUUAUAUAUGAGAAAAUAGUAGUUGCAGACAAGGUUAUCAUAAACCAUGCUCUUACGAAAAUUAGAGACGGAGAUGUAGUCCUAAUUUACGGACAUUCAACUGUUGUGGAAAUGAUUAUAUUACAUGCCCUUGAGCUUGGAAAGCAAUUUCAUAUUGUUGUAGUUGAUUCUCGACCUAAGUUUGAAGGGCAAACAUUGCUUCGAAAAUUGGUUAUGAAAGGAAUCAACUGUACUUACACACACAUAAAUGCCAUUUCAUAUAUCAUGCAUGAUGUUACACGUGUUUUCCUAGGUGCUUCUUCGGUUCUGUCUAAUGGAACAGUAUAUGCAAGAGUUGGUACAGCUUGCAUUGCAAUGGUGGCUCAUGCUUUCCAAGUGCCUGUUCUAAUAUGCUGUGAGGCAUAUAAAUUUCAUGAAAGAAUCCUACUUGAUUCAAUUUGCUCUAAUGAACUUGGUGAUCCAGAUGUAAUCAUAAAGGUUCAUGCUGAAACUGAUUUGAAUCCUCUUAGAAAAUUGGUUGAUAAUGGAAAUCUUCAGCUUUUGAAUCUUAUUUAUGAUGCAACACCCUCUGACUAUAUAUCAAUGAUUGUCACCGAGCAUGGAAUGAUUCCCCCAACCAGUGUUCCAGUUAUCGUCCGAGAGUACGAAAGAGAUCAGUCAGUCUUUUAAUAUUCGCACAGCAAAUUCUGACAUCUUUCUCCUGCCUUUGUCGAUGGACCACCUUAAAGCAUCCAUUUCAGUGUCAGAGCUCGUUUGGCAGCCGGGAGACGGUGAAUUGCAUUAACUUUUUUCAUUUUUUGCCAGUUCUGGACAUAAUUUUAUGAACUACCAUAAAGUUGGCCUUCAGCAUUUUUUUUUUUAUUUAUUUGCGUGCUUAAUAUCAUAUAUUUAAUACAUUUAUAAUCCAUUAUAUUGUACAAAAAUAUCAUUACAUGAACCGAAGGUAUUUUUAAU